GUUCCGCUGCACACUCAGGUUGCUUUGGAUUUUCCCUCCCUCCGCCGUAUGAUUUAUUUCCUCGUCACCUAAACAGCUUCGGGACGAUCAGCAUUCCAGUCUGCAGUCAUUUAAAACUUUUUAACGGUAUUUGCACAGCCAUGCCUUCAGUAAACCGACUGUGUGUAUUUCUUUUGUUUACCGUGUCUACGACCUUCGCCUCUGCUGACAAUAUGACCGCAGCCACUGUGUACUGGGAUCCCGCCCAAAAGCUGGUCCUGCUGAAGGAGGGGGUGCUGGAGACGGAGGGGGAUGCAUACGGGUAUCUGAAUGACACGCUUUCCACUUCAGGCUGGAGCAUCGUAGAGAUCCGGGCCGGGUACGGGAACACCCCUGAAACUGAUGAGGUGACCUUCUUCCUGGCCGGCUACCUGGAGGGCUACCUCACUGCCCAGCAGAUGAUGGACCACUAUACCAACAUGUAUCCACAGCUGAUCGACGACCCAAAGAUCCUGGACCAUGUUCAAAGUUUCAUGUCGAAGCAGGACUCGUGGACCAGAGAGCAGGUGAAACUGAACAAGAGCUCUGAUCCUCUGUGGAGACACGCCGGCUUUAUCGUGGCUCAGAUGGAUGGACUGCAAGCAGGAGCUGCAGCAUGGGCCAAGAAACAAGGGAAGAAGCCGCUGUCCCUGUUUGCCAUCCAGUUCCUGAAUGCAAUGGGGGACCUGCUGGAUCUGAUCCCAGCUCUGGUCCCAUCCUCCAAACCUCCGGCUAGAAACUACAAACUCCCAGGGAUGGGACACUGCUCUGCUCUCAUCAAGAUGCUGCCCGGCUUUGAGAAUCUCCUGUUUGCCCACUCCAGCUGGUACACUUACGCUGCCACCAUGCGGAUCUACAAACACUGGGAUUUCCGCAUCACUGAGCCCAACACGGCCACCGGGAAGCUGUCCUUCAGCAGCUAUCCUGGUUUACUCGUGUCUCUGGAUGACUUCUACCUCCUGGGCAGUGGUCUGAUGAUGACCCAGACCACCAACAAUGUCUUCAACUCCUCCCUGUUUGACACAAUCACUCCCAACAGUCUGUUUGCAUGGCAGAGGGUCAGGCUGGCUCACAAUUUGGCACAUACCGGGGAGGAGUGGGCCAAAACCUUCUCUAUGUUCAACUCUGGUACCUACAACAACCAGUACAUGGUGUUGGAUAGGAGCAAAGUGAAGCUGGGCCACAGUGUUGAAGACGGCGCUCUGACGGUGGUGGAGCAGAUCCCCGGGCUGGUGGAGUACUCUGACCAGACACAGGCUCUGCGCAGAGGUUAUUGGCCGUCCUACAACAUUCCUUUCCACCAGAAGAUCUACAAGAUGAGUGGGUAUGGACAGAUGUGGGAGGAGUACGGAGAGGACUUCUCGUAUGAUCUCUGUCCCAGAGCCAAGAUCUUCCGCCGUGACCAGGCUGAUGUGAAGGACAUAGACUCCCUGAAGCACAUCAUGAGGUUCAAUGACUACAAGAAGGAUCCAUACUCUAAGGGGGAUCCAUGCAAGACAAUCUGCUGCCGUGGCGACCUGAGGGCAGAGAAAGCUACACCAGGAGGCUGCUACGACACUAAGGUGACGGAUUUCAACUUGGCUGGAGAGUUUGUUGCGGAGGCUGUGAACGGGCCAACGACACAGGACGGACUCCCACCGUUUAUUUGGGAUAAAUUCAGCAACAUGAGCCACCAGGGUCUCCCGGAGUUCUACAACUUCACCUUCGUCCGGAUGCAGCCUCUCAUCUUCGAGCCAUGAGGUGUGUGUGUGUGUGUGUGUGUGGGUGUGGGUGUGUGUGUGUGUGUGUUUGCAUGCAUGCGAGUCAGAUUGAAAUGCUGUCUGUCUGAUGCUUUCAGACUGAUGAAUGAUGAGUCAGGUGCGAUUUGCUUACAGUUCAGAAUUGCGUCCUUCCAUAAAAUGCUCUAAAAUUCUUGCCUUAACCACUGAGAGUUACUUGAUGAUUUUAUGAAUGGCAAAAUCAAUGCACUAAAUCCUUGGGUUAUCUGUAACCCUUUUUGGAAAUGCUUUAAUGUCUUUUAUGUGCAAACACUAUCAUUACCACGCUAAAUGAAUCAAUAAAUGCAAUGUUGUGCUCAGGGCUGGUGAUCUUCUCUAGUGCUGAGAUUUGUGUGCAGUUUUUUCCGUGUACAAAAUGAAAAUAUCUCAGGUUUCUCUUUUUGAUUUUGAUGUGUAACACUGCCCAUCUGCAUCAUGCCAACAUCUUAUUUGUGAAUUGUUUAUUAAAGUUUUACAACACA